UCAGUCGGACGAGCGUGUAAUCAGGUAAAUUAUAAAUAUUUUUUCUUUUACCUGCGCAUUUCAUGCCUUCAAAAUAUUUACAAACGUGUUUCAACAUUUUAAUGACCCACAUGCGUUCAUUGUUCCGGUUUUUGCUUCAAUAAAUAAACAAUCAUGAGUUCGGCCGAGGAAGACGAGAAACCGGACAUGGAUGAGCACAGAGGGUUCAGCAAAAAUGCGAUCCGUAAGCGAAGCCGUGUGUUCGCGCAUCACCAGUACCGAAUUAUUGUCCGCAAUGUUUCGUACAAAAUAACGGACAAAUUGCUUCGGACGGAGUUUGAGAAGUAUGGAACUCUCGAGGAGGUUAACAUCUUGAAACGACCGGAUGGUCGACUUGUAGGCUGUGCAUUCCUACAGUACACGAAACGGGAGGAAUCGGAUAGGGCCAUACAGGAAAUGGACGGAAACAUCUUCAUGGGUCGAAAGUUACAGGUUUGUUACGCACAACACAAAGGUACAUACAAAAAAGUAAAGGCAGAAACGGAAGUGAAACACGAAGAAAUCAAGCAUGAAGAGGAUGACGAUGUACAAGAAACGGAGGUAAAGACCGAAAGUGAUGAUGAGGAAGACGAUGAUGAAGAUGAGGAAGACGAUGAUGAAGAUGAGGAAGACGAUGAUGAAGAUGAAGAAGACGGCGAUGAAGAUGAAGAACAUGGUGCUUCCGAAGACGAAGAUACAAAAGAAAACAUCAAGGAUGAAAAACCUAAAAUUUCCUUCAGAGAGAAAAAUCACAAUGAAAUAGAGGAAGGUAGAACGGUAUUUCUCAAAAACGUCCCCUAUGAUGCAGAAGAGUCGUGCAUUAAAGAUGUCAUGUCACAAUUCGGCAUUGUAGAGAAAAUCCUUAUCAAUAAGGAACGCGUAUCGGGGCACUCGAAGGGAACUGCCUUUGUCAUUUUCAAACUUAUGGAUUCAGCUGAAAUGAGCAGGAAACAAAGCUUCAAAAUUCAGAUAAAUAAUCAGUUUAUUGAAAUUCUAGAAGCGCUGAAGAAGAAACAAGUACGUGAAAAGGAGAGCAAGGACCCAGUAUCAAAGGAUUCUCGAAAUUUGUAUCUUCUGAAAGAAGGCGUUGUUAUGGCUGGAUCGCCAGGAGCUAAGGAUGUUUCCAAAACGGAUAUGGCACAACGUUUGCAAUUGGAGCAGCGUUGUGCAGGAAUGCUAAAAAAUCUGAACCGAUUUGUAUCGCGAGAACGGCUGACAAUUCAUAACCUGCCGCCUAACUAUACAAAUAACGACCUGCGACAGAUGGUUUUGAAACAUGCUGGCAAAAAUCCACAAGAAUGUCGUGUUAUGCGUGAAAAUAAGCCAUCGUUCGGCAGUCCAUCUGGUCAAUCGCGAGGAUAUGGAUUUUUGUCCUUCAAAACGCAUGCAAUCGCCUUGGAUGUUUUGAGGAAAUUGAAUAACAAUCCGUCAGUUUUCAAUAAAAAUCGCAGACCCAUCGUUUCCUUCAGCAUCGAGGACCGAAAAGUACACAACAUCAAACAACAACGGCUUUUGAAAUCAAGGCUGAAUAACCCCACUUAUCAGCAAAAGCUAGAAAAAAUACGUGCCAAGAAGAUACAGAAACUUAUACAAAAGAAGGAACAACAAAUGAACGCAAAGGAACAAAUGGCCAUAGUACCAAGCACCCAGUUCUCUGCCAAACGUCAAACCAAAGCAGGAAAACUCAAACCUCCCCCUAAGGAACGCCGGCGAAACAUUGUCGAAAAUACCGAGGAGUUUAGUGGAGAAGUUUCACGCCAGGGCAAGGUUGGUAUCAGAUCCAACAGGAAGAUCAACACUCAAGCGGAGGCACAUAUGUCCCGACUGAAAGCGGAGAAGAAGGAAGCUCGCAAGAAGCGUGUCAAACAGCAACACGAACGGAAUCGCAACCUUAAAGCGUCGAGGCGAGCCGCUCAGAAGCAGCCCAGGUUCUUGAAGCCGAACAAGGAGGACCAACAUUUCCAGCAAACGGUUGAGAAGUAUAAGCAGAUCUUCAACCGAGCGACCACUGUAAGUACUCGGAAUAAGUGGUACAAUGAAUGAAAAUGUAGUUAAAACAAGA